UAAAAAAUGAUGGUUGACUUAGGCUUUGUAGAGAAAUGUGAAUCUUGGCGUUUAGAAAGUAGAUUUUUUCCAAGUAAAAUCGGCGGUAAACCUGCGUGGCUUAAUUUAAAGAAUAUUCCUGAAGAGAAAAAUCUUCACUGUGAUUAUUGUAAAGAACCUUGCAUUUUUUUAUGUCAAAUUUAUGCUCCAUAUGAAGACAAUGAAAACACUUUUCACAGAACGAUUUUUGUGUUUAUAUGCAAGAAAUCAGAAUGUUCUAUAUCGAAUGAAAACGGAAAUUUAAAAGUAUUUCGUUCGCAGUUAGCGAGGGUAAAUGAAUUUUAUCCACCUGAACCGCCUAUAGAACAAAAUGAUUGGAGAAAUGAUAUUAGUGUAGACCAAUGGGUAAAAACGUGUUAUGUUUGUGGAAUAUUAGCACCUAAUCAUUGUUCUAAAUGUAAAAGUGUAAAUUAUUGUUGCCGUGCUCAUCAAAUUUAUGAUUGGAAACAUGGGCAUAAAGAAUCUUGUGAUAUCAAUCAGAAAAUUUCAAAAUACAGUAAAUUAUUAUUCCCUGAAUAUGAAAUAGUAAUAGAAAAGGAGGAUGCAAAAGAUGAGAACAAUGCAAAUGAUGUUUCCGAAGAAGAAAAAGAAAUUAAAAAGUAUGAGACAAUAUUACAAGAAGGUGGAGCAGGUACUUUUCAAAAUGAGGAUGUGCAAAAUGAAUUGCUAAGUAUGGCUAAUCAAAAGGAAGAUGAAACAUUUUCUGAAUUUCGUUCCACUAUUGACAAAUAUCCAGAUCAAAUAUUGAGAUAUAACAGAGGAGGCAACAUUUUAUAUAUUUCAGCAGAGAAUAAAAUUGGUGAAAUACCAAAAUGUUCAGAAUGUAAUGGAGAAAGACAAUUUGAAUUUCAGAUCAUGCCACAGUUGUUAAAUUUCCUAGAAUUAGAAAAUGCACUUAAGUGUAUUGACUGGGGUAUUUUAGCAGUAUAUACAUGUACAAAGUCAUGUGUACCUAAAAAUGGAUAUAUUAUGGAAUACAUAUGGAAACAAGACAUUAUAGAAGGUAAUCUCGACAACACUUCAUGA